AUGAAAAAGAUGAGGUAAAGUGCAAGUUGAAAAAUAAACAAAAAUUAUAAGCUAAAUAUUACAAUUUGUGUACUAGGCCUUGUGAAACACUUAAAGUAAAUCAGUUAAUAUUGUUUCUGAAGGAUAAUGAGUGGUUUCCAGGUAGAGUAUCCAUGAAAGCAAAUGUCCCUAGGUCAUAUUUCGUAGAGGAUGGAUUGGGGACUACAUAUAGGAGAAUUUUUAAGCAUCUCAGACUUAGAUACUUUGGUGAAGAAGAGUAUGCGGAUAAACAUAAGGAGAAUAGAGGCAAUGAAAUGUAUUAAAAUGACUUAAAAUAUAUGGAUCUAUGGAAAAAAUAUAAGUAGACUUGGUUUAAAACAUUAAGAUCAGUGGUUUAAUUAAACUUGCUUUUAAACUAAUUUUGUAAACCGCAUGUUUUGGUCUUAAACCGAGUAUGAACAAAUUCUAGUUCACUUUGUUUAAACCUGUCUGGUAUAUCUGGCCCUUAAAGAUAUACGAUAUCUAAGUACCAAAAUUACAUGUCUCUAGGUCUAGCGUUUUGGUCUGGGCCUUGAUAAAACGCAAAAAUAUGUUUAUGGUAGGUAUUUACUUGUACCAUAAUAUCAUCAAUAAUAUUUACAUCUCUAUAUUUACAAAGUAAGUACUACAAGCUAUAACUCAAAUGUAGUAUUUCUUAAAUACGUUUUUAAUCUCCUUAAUGUUGAAAACUUUUAUCUGCAAUGGCUGUUGAAAUCGAAAGUAUUGAUAGUAGUUUAAGAAGCAUAAGCUCAUACAUUUUUAGAUUCUGUGCGAAGCAAGGAAUGCAUUAAAGGAAACCUGACCGGGCUGGUACUUCAGAGAUAUCCUUAUUUGAUUAUCCCAUUAGUUCCUAUAAUAAAUUGAAAAAUCUGGAAAAACAGGAAAAUGUAUCAAAUGUGAUAUUUUCAAAUCGUAAAUAUUACGGCAUUUCAAAAUAUGUAUGACCAAACCCCGUUCUAAUUCGUUUUUCGUUAGCAAUGAUUAAUCGUUACGUACGUAGGUAUGCAUUAAAUUUUCCCUCUACCUGACCAAAUUUUCAACUGUAACAGUGACCCACCCAUCGUGCGAAGUUUAUCCGUUUGUUUUCAUUCACAUUAUUGUAGGUACCAGGUACCUAGUGCUUCAAGAGCUGUAAAUGGCCGAGAUUUAGAUUCGACCAAGCAUCAUUAUGACUGUCAAUUGUCAUGAUUGAUAUUCCGUUUCUACGUAAUAUGAUCUCACCGCACCCGACUAAUUUAUCUCGGUAAAAUACCUACGAUUGCUGUUUUUAGGUUUUCGUUAUUUUGUUGUACCUACGUACCUUUAAUUACUUAAUUUAAACAUUUACCAUUAGUUUAAUUUAGCUAACCCUUGAAAAAAUACUAGUUUUCACAGUUGUUCUAAAAGUAUGAUUAAAUCCGGAUGAAAAACUAGAAAAAAAAUAAAUGUUUGGACCAGAGUUAUAUAGAUGUUCAUCAGUAAUGGUACUUUUAUUGACGAUAUUCAUAAGUACGGGUAAGUUCGUUCGUUUAUUAUAUUUAUGAUAUAUUGAUUUAGGUACAUACAGUUAUCAAAAUUAACUAUGCAGAUUCAAAAUGCGAGGUAUCUAUCUACAAAAAAAAAAAAAUUUAAAAAAAAUAGAGUCAUUAGCUUAACGCACAACUGAAGAACAAAAUUGUUUUCUUUUCACAGUCUUUGCUAAAAAUGACAUACCUAUAGGAAAUUAUCCUAUAAUCGAUGACUAUGGGAUUUACAUUACAUACGCACAUUCACAGUAUAAAACAAUAACAAUUUUGCUCUAAACACCAUCAGUAAUAUUUUUCAUUAGUCACAUUUUUCAUUAUUUAUUUUCUAUGGUCAAAUUUACCUAAGAUUUAAAAUUGUAAAAAAAUGGUCGUUACAAUAAAUAUUUUUUAGAACUAAUAUGCGUUGGAAUAAACAUCUCUUGGAACAAAAGGUUAAAUGUGGAACAAACACAAUUAGAACAAAAGUAUUGUGGAAGAAAUAUUUUAUGGUACAAAAUGGUAGUGAUUCUGAUUAUCUACUGCUUGUGCAAUGCAUUCAUAUUUUGAGAACCACUGGAACUUAUUAUCUAGCAGAACAUGCAAGUAAUGGUAUUGGCAAUUGA